CUUUUUUGGGAUCAACUUGGAUGAAUAGUCAUUUUGUACCUACGGUUUCAGUUAAAAUAGGCUCGUCUCUCGUACCACUUCGAGGUGUCUCAUUUUGUCCUUUUCCUACCCAAGAAGGCUUUUUAUUUGCAGUUUGUGGGUCACGUUAUGUUUGUGUUUGCCUUGCCAAGCCUAGUGGCGAAACAGUCAUUGUACACACUUACUCAGAUGAAGAUGAGAAAGAAGCCUUUUAUUGUUGUUCUUGGACCAUGAUCAAAGACAAGAAUGAUGUGUUAUUAUUGGCUGCUGGAGAAAAGGGAAUUAUACGAAUUAUCAAUGCUUCUCAAGGCUUUGUAGAACGUUCUCUUGUCGGUCACGGACAAAUGGUUAACUGUAUAGCUAUUCAUCCUCGUGAAGGUUCACUCAUAGCUUCUGCAAGUGAUGACGAAUCCGCUCGUCUAUGGAAUAUAAGAACAGGAUCCAUGGUCGCCAUCUUUGCUGGUCAUCAAGGUCACCGAGGUGGAGUUUUGUAUGUAGAUUUUGAUGUAUUGGGAGAAAGGAUGGUAACUUGUGGCAAAGACAAGGGUGUGAAAAUAUGGGAACUGAAGCACUGUGAGUACGAGAUAGAGGCUAGUCAUCGCUGUGCCGAUAUGCAAAGCCCGGAUGGAUAUUCAAUAGAGGACGAUUCACUUAAGCGAAAACGACUCUUUAGACCUCGAUUUGUACAGUUUCCACUAUUUUCUACCUUUUUGUUACACGACAAUUUCGUGGAUUGUGCUAUGUUUGUUGGCCAAUUGAUAGUAUCGAAAAGUACUAGCAAUCGUAUUUUACUUUGGCAACCACAAGCAGAUGAUGCAGCUUUAUUGCCAUGGAAUAAUCAAUAUACUGUAUUGGCAGACUUUCCUUUGCCUCAUAGUGAAGAAUGGUUUAUUCGUUUUGGAAUGAAUUGGGACCGAACUUUACUUGCUGCGGGAAAUACACAAGGAACGAUUUGUAUAUGGAAUAUUGAUGAGUUGCGAUCCAAGCCAAUGGAAGAAUUGAAUAUUCCUACCAAACAAGCAGUAGCACAAUGUGCAUUUUCACCUGAUGGUCAUAUUCUCAUUGCAGCUUGUUUAGAUGGCAAAUUUUAUCGUUGGGAUCUUCAAAAUGCGGAAUAGUAAAAAGUCGCGGGUUAUAUGAGACGUUGAUGAUGAAGAAGAUUUGUAUACUUUUCAGGUUCUACUUUUCUCAUAUAAUUCAUUGCUCUAGUUAGUCGAGCAGAUGCUGCUUUUCCAAUGGAAGAUUCGUUUCCCAUACGAUUGGUUACUUCUUGUACGUGAUGAAUUAUAUCGACAAAAAAUUCCAAAUGAAUAUCCAUACAACCGCUUUCAUAUAAAUUCAUACUAGCAUUGAGAAUGUCAACAAACAAUAGUGAUCUUUCACCCAAGGCUAGACAUGAUUUGGCUGAACGAAAUGCACGUUCAAGACAAGCAAAAGUACGACUGGCAUCCAUCAACCAUGGUGUCCAAAAUAGUUGUGCACAAGCACAUAAUGCCAAACAUUGAUCUGCUCUAGUUAACAAUUUAGCUGCAUGUUUCACUGCCUUGGAAGACAAAGUAUCAUAAUUAUCAGGUUCCAGUCUAUUGAUCGAACGCAACGUCCCGAUGAUUAGCAACAGGGUGGAAAACUGUACUCU